GUUUUGUCAAUCAAUAUUUGAUUUUAUAAUUGGGCAAAUAUUUUAUUCCAUCAUUUACUCACAUAUAGUGUUUUUUUGAGAUUCGACUGUUCGGUUCGAUUCGAUUCGAUUGGUGGUUAGGGUCACCAUCGCAACCAACAAUCAACCAACCAUCAUGGCCAAGAAAAAACGAAACAAAAAAUCUUAAAGAGAAAGGAAAAGUCGACUCGUGAAAUGAUCAUUUGUAGUGAAGAAAUGGAUCGAUUCAAAUCGAAAUUGUUAUCAUCAUCAUCGUCGUCGUCGUCGUCGUCAAUAAUGAGAAAAACAAAGUUUAUUCGUUUUUUAAUAUUGGCUCUUUUUAUUUCAAAUUCACAACAAUUAUCCAUCGAUGAAUUAUAUCCAUUCGGUGAAUCAGUGGAUGAAUCGUUGAAUAAAGAAGCCGAUACAUUUGUUGAAAUUAAUCUUUCGAUACCGAUCGCUUAUUUUCAGAAUCAAUUUCCAUCUAUUUUUGUUAAUGAUAAUGGUCUUGUAUCAUUUCUUAAGGAAAUACCCAUCUAUUAUAAUGCACAAUUUCCAUUACAAUAUCCAUUCAUUGCUGUUAUGUAUUCGAAUGUUGAUAUACGUGGCCGUGGUGGUAUUUAUUACCGAGAGACAAAAGAAUCAUCAUUAUUAGAUCGUGCUACACGUGAUGUUCAACGUCAUUUUAGUGAUGGACGUAAUUUUCGUGCACAAAGUUUAUUUAUAACAACAUGGGAACAGGUUGGAAGAUUUGAAAAACUAUCCGAUCUUGCCAAUACUGUCCAAUUGGUAAUCGCAUCGAAUGGUACGGAUAGCUAUGCAUUCAUAUUAUAUCCAAAUGAUGGUAUCCAAUGGUUAACCGGUCAUGAUAAUAUUGAAUAUUCACAACAUGCAAUGACACAGGCUGGUUUUAUGUCGAAUGAAGGACGUUAUUAUAUUAUGCCAGGAUCCGGUACAGAACAGGUGAAAAAUUUUCCAAGAAUGUCAAAUAUAAAUCGUCGAGGAAUGUUUGCCUAUCAUAUUGGCAAUACUGGCUAUGGAAAUAUCAUACAACCUGAUCGUGAUUAUGAAAAUAAUUUGGAAUUACGAGAAUUAGAAACCUGUAGUAAUACACGAUUUCCAUGUGUACCAUCGGCUGAAUGUAUUGAAUAUCCGACCGGUAUUUGUUGUCGUUGUCGAUCUGGUUAUUUUGGUAAUGGCCGAAAUUGUUUACCAGAAAAUAAAAAUAUUCAGAUUAAUGGAAAAAUAAGUGGUGAAAUAAAUAAUAUCAAACUUGGUGAAUCAAAUAUGAUACAUUUCUAUGUGGAAACCAAAGAUGGUCGCGUAUAUUCAAGUGUCAAUUCAAUAAUGCCGGAUGUUGGUUAUGAUCUACAAUCAUUAUUGAUUGCAUUGGGUCAUAUUUGUGGUUGGUUAUUCGCUGUACGUACGGAUAAUUCACCAAAUGGUUAUGCAGUUACGGGCGGUAUAUUCAAUCGCAGUGUGGAUCUUGUAUUUCAACAAACUGGACAUCAUGCAAUCAUUCGUGAACAAUAUCUUGGAUUGGAUGUAUUCAAUGUACUUGGUAUUAAAGUUGAUGUUCGUGGUACAUUACCUACGAUACCCGGUGGUACAUCAUUACAUAUGGAUGAUUAUCAGCUAGAAUUUACUAAAGUUUCACGUGGUGUACUUAAAUCACGUAUGACCGUAUCGUUUAAUUAUGGACCAAAUACAUUGGAUAUGCCAAUGACAAUCGAUCAAACCAUAACGUUUGAUGAAUGUGUUAAUGAACCACAAAACAACAAUGAUCAACAGCAACAACAACAACAGACAAGUCGAUUGAAUAUUAUACGUAAUCAUAUUGAAUAUGAUCAGGAAAAUCAGGCCACUCGUUAUGCAUUCUAUGAAUCACGAAUAUCUCAAUUAUCUGAUCAGAAUCCAUGUUCAUCAAUACAAUGUGGCCAAUAUAGUACAUGUAUUGUUGAAGGUAAUGAUUAUCGUUGCAUUUGUAAUCGUGGUUUCGAACAGAUUUAUCAGGAAAAUGAAUUGAUCGAUAAUAAAAGACCAUCAUGUGUUGAUAUCGAUGAAUGUCGUACUCGAACCCGUGUUUGUGAUCUAAACGCAAUGUGCAUGAAUGAAUUGGGAAGUUUCCGUUGUCAAUGUCUUGAUGGCUAUGUUGGUGAUGGUUUCAGCUGUCGUCCAUAUGAAUAUCCUAUCGAAAAUGAAUGUGAUAAUAUUCAAUGUGGUCCAAAUUCAGAAUGUUUACCAACGAAAAAUCUUGGACCAAGAUGUAUAUGUAAAGAUGGUUAUUACGGCGAUGGUCUUAAUUGUGAGCCAUUACGCAAUGAUAUCGAAGAUUGUCGUACAUUGAAUAUUUGCGAUAUGAAUGCUGAAUGUAAAGCCAAUAGAAUGCUUGGCCGUCAUAUGUGUAUCUGUAAAGCUGGCUAUCGUGGUGAUGGGAUUUACUGUACAGAAGAAUCAGAAUCUUGUGAAAAGCUAAAUAAUUGCGGCAUCAAUGCUGAAUGUAUAUCGGAUGAACAAAGUAAUUAUAAUUAUUAUUGUUCAUGUAAUGAAGGUUACGUUGGUGAUGGUUAUACAUGUAUUGCCGAAAUCAAUUCCGAUGAUUGUAAUAUGUUGAAUAAUUGUCAUCGUAAUGCAUUCUGUACAUUGGAUAUGGAAACGAAAACAUAUCAAUGUCAAUGCAAACCUGGUUUCACUGGUGAUGGAUAUAAAUGUGUCAAUUCAUCGUUCGUAAGUCCAUGUAUUGGUAUGGAAGGAUGUUCACCUAAUGCUGAUUGUGUUUAUGAUUCAUUGAUGGGUACGAAUGUUUGUCGUUGCCGUUCCGGUUUCGUUGGUAAUGGUGUACAAUGCAAUCCAAGUAAUAUUUGCCAUCCAAAUGAUAAUAAUUGUGAUCCAAAUGCACAAUGUUUAUUCAACGAUAUAACCAUGAAACAUGAAUGUCAAUGUAAGUUAGGAUUCUAUGGUGAUGGUAUUCGUUGUAUGGUGGAUGAAAAUGUUGAUUGUAGUGUGAUCAAUGAUUGUGAUCGUAAUGCCACUUGUGUUAUUGAUCCACUAACAUUAAGAUAUUAUUGUAAAUGUAAUGCUGGAUUUAUUGGCGAUGGAAAACAAUGUAAGAAACAUAUCUCAUGUAAUCAAUUGAAUACUUGUGACGUGAAAGCUGAAUGUAUAUUCGAUACGGUGGAACAAUCAUAUCGUUGCCAUUGUUUAGCCGGUUUUGUUGGUGAUGGUUAUUCAUGUCGUCCACUUCGUUCAUGUCGUGAUGAUCGUUUUAUUUGUGAUCGAAAUGCUGAAUGUCUUUAUAAUGAUCAUAGCAGAGAUUUUAGUUGCCAUUGUCAUUAUGGUUUUAUUGGUGAUGGUUAUCAAUGUGCACCCGUGCCGAAUAUCGAAGGUGAUUAUAUCCUGUUUGCGCAAGGAAUGAGCGUAUUACGUAUGCCACUUGAAUCAAAUGAACAAACACGUGGAUCACCAUUGUAUAUACGUUCAGAUCAAACAAUUGUUGCCAUAGAUAUUGAUUGUCUAACUGGUUUCAUUUAUUGGAGUGAUCUGGUUAAAGGAAAUCUUUAUAAAGCAACUAAUAAUGGAUCAUCAGCUGAAAUUAUCCUCGAAGGUUAUACAACUGCACCAGAAGGUAUAGCCAUCGAUUGGGUUAGUCGUAAUAUCUAUUGGACGGAUUCAUUUAAAAGAUCGAUUGAAGUUGCCAAUCUUGAAGGUACAUUACAGAAAACAUUAAUCGAUACAGAUCUUCAUAAUCCUCGUGGUAUUGUUGCACAUCCUGGAACGGCUAAACUUUAUUGGACUGAUUGGAAUCGUGAAACACCUAAAAUUGAAUAUUCCGAUCUGGAUGGUAAACAUCGUAAUCUUUUGAUCAAUACAGAAUUGAAAUUACCAAAUAAUUUAGCCAUCGAUUAUGAUCGUGAUGAAUUAUGUUGGACAGAUGCUGGUCUUGAACGUAUUGAAUGUAUCCAUUUGAUGAGUUUAAUUCGUCGUGUCGUAUAUGCACAGGCAAGCUAUCCAUUUGAUUUAACUGUUUCACAUCAGAAUAUCUAUUGGACUGAUUGGAAAACGAAAACAAUUCAUGAAAUUAACCGAAAUGGUGGCGUAGCACGAACAUUAGAUAUACCAUUAGGUGGUUAUGGUUCAUUGUAUGGAUUGGUUGUUGUUCCACAACAUUGUCCACGUAUAUCGAAUGCAUGUGCCGUUCGUAAUGGUGGUUGUAAACAUCUUUGUUUACCCAAUGAUCAUGGACGAUCAUGUGUUUGUCCGGAUAAUGCCUAUCAUGAGGAUGAUAUUUGUAAUGAAAUUUAAUUUUCCAACACAAAUCAAUCAAUCAAUCAAUCAAUACUUUCACAUCAUCAAACAUUUUAUUCG